GAAGGUUUACAUUCACUCAAGAGCAGAGACAGAAAUGUGCAGGGUUUCGGACCUGCUACAUGACUCUAACCUCUCUCAGUUGUGAGUUAAUAAUUGUUCAGUCAUUUUUUUUUGGAUAUUUAGCAUAUGUACCGGACAACAUUGUACAUUUUCACAGGUUAAUCUCUGUGGUUUAGUGAAAAAAUGUGAGCUACUUUAGCUAUAUUGUUGUCCGUUAAGUUAUCGAGGGUUCAGCCAGCAGGGAGUCAGCCUUAAAUCUUGUACACAAAGUUUAUAAGAGAAAAGACUUUGUUAUAGAUAAAGAUAAAUCGUCAAAGCGACUUUGCCUCGCCCGAAGGCACAGAGUUUGCCUAUCAUUAGCAGUCGUAAAAGUCCGAUUCACACUGCUUUGCGGCGGGUGAUGUAGGUAACCAUGGCAACUAACGCACGUAAUUGACGUCCUGCUUGCCCUACGCCCUUAAUUGAGCUAAUAAUCUGCUCAGUUUCCUAAUAAAAGAGCGCGUAAUGAAGGUUUAUCGCUUUUGUUACUGCCCAGGUUUAGUUUCGUUUUUUUGUGGUGCAUAAAAGUGCCUUAUUGAUAUAUUUCUACACUAUUGCCACUAAAUUUCCCCAAUUAUAAAGCCUAUCAAGUGGUUAUGCCAACACAUCAAUACAUGCAAUGUACUGCUGUUUUCAAUGCCAUUUUAAGAUGCCAUGUCAUACUGUGAGGUGCAAGGAUCUAAGCAACCACUAGAUGGCGACAUUGUAUCUCUAGUAGAUAAGCUUCACUGACAUCUCAUUUGUCUCUUCCAGGGGGGCAUCAUGUGAAGAUGUCUUCAUUAGUGGCCUACGAUGAUUCAGAUUCAGAGGAUGAUGCUGUUCAUCAGACAGAUGGGGCAGCUUCAGAUUCUGUCCAUACAGGAUCAUGUCCAGAAAAUGCAGAUGUCAGAGUGUGUAAUUUCUCUGAGGUAACACCUGGCCCUCAAAGCUUCACACCUGAACCUGAUUGUGCUGUGUUGGAUAACCAUGGAAAUUUUUCAGACGGAAAAGGCUCAUAUCUUCAGGUGCAGGAAAGAAAAUUCUACAGUGAUCAAACAGCACAAGAAAGACAUUUUAAGGUUCAUGCAGCUCCGGGGAAAAGCUCAUCCCCGCAAACUGUUCCUCAUGUGAUGCAGAGCUUUGGUGCUGGUCUAAAACCAGCCAAAAGACACGAAACAACCCCUAUAGGUGUCAGACCUUACAUUCCCAAGAGACAGAGACUUGCCACUUCAGUAGAGACAACAAACUCAGAGUGCCAUACAGAUAAAGUCCAAGGGAAUCCGACCAAGGAAAGCCAAAUUCUGUCAGAAGCGUCGGCAAGAGUGAAGUCGUAUCUUUCUCACAAGCCGGGAGCAGCUGGGGUACCGAGGAGGCUUCUUAUGAGCUUGGGAGGCCACCAGGGCCCCGUGAACACGGUUCAGUGGUGUCCUGUGCCUCAUCUGAGUCAUUUGAUGCUGUCUGCCUCCAUGGACAAGACAUUUAAGGUAAUGAUGAUUUAUUAAAAUUACCACUGCCUUCAGAGAUGAAUAAAAAAAGGGUUUGAAACUAGAAUAUUAAAAGAGAGUUUCAUUGAUCUGCAAACUCAAAAUUUCCUCAUAAUUCUUAGUCUUUUGAAAGCUGACUGGUCUUUUAGAUUUCACUCAGAUGUCAUCGUCUUUUCUCAUAUUAACUGCUUAUUAUUCUUGGUGGUCUAGAGAGCGAAAAUCCAUUUUUGGAAUAGUUUCCAGGCAGGUGCCGAGCCAAUUAGGGAGGUCUACAUGGAUAAUUGCUCACUUGACAUCCAGUGUAAUUGGCACAGUGUUGCAGGAAGUGAGGUAAUAUCUACCUUGCUACCUCAGUGUAUAAAUGUACCACAUACCACCUUCUUUAGUGUCAUAUCUGUCACUGUCAGUUGAAUGUAUGUCAGAACCCAUGGGACACGUUACCUCUCUCUCUCUCUCUCUCUCUCUCUCUCUCUCUUUUUUUCCUGUAUUUGUGAUUUUCCUUAACCCCUCCCCCAUCCCCCCUUUCAAUAUUUCACAGUAGGAAAACAAUCCCUCAUUCCCCAACAGUAAAGGUCAAGUCAUGCAGGCAUCUGCAAGCGACUAGAUAUUUCUAUCCCUGUGUGACUCCUUGCACCCCAACCAAUAUCCUAAGAGGAAUGAAUAUUUAAUCGUUUAAAUAUGCAUGAGGGCGUCUACAUAACCAUACAAUUGCAGCGGUAUAGCAGCCACCUCCUUUGGCAAGAGCAGUUUGCAGCAGGUGGUGGAGAAGAAAAGGGGGGUUGGGGCUUGGUUGUUUGUAUGCGAGGUUUUCUCAUCAUCUUUUUCAGAGACUGUGAAACUAUUUAAUAGAGGAGCAAAUGAAAGAUUUUUGCCCCUCAACCCUCCAGAAGUUUAAACUUACAUCAGAACUUUGAGUUCGUACAAGUUUUAUGCAUUGCUUUAGCUGCAGUCAAACUGAAAACAACCAAACUUGCAAAAUUAUGACACACAAUCGAACAACAAAAACAACAAUUUAUUGACUAACCCACUUUUAUAAAUGUUGUUUAAAAAAUCUGUAGAAAUAGUUCCUCUCAACAAUAUAGAAAAAGGUAAGUUUUCAGGUUUUCCAUAGGAAAAUGAAUCUGUGCCCCCUUUUUUUUGCAUAAAAUGACAGACUUAGUGUCUGAGAGUAAUAUUUACUCCUCAUCUUGGUCAAAAGCUUUUAUUUUAAGAUAAGACAAUUUCCUUUCCUGUGAUUGCAGAUAUUCAUAGUGACACAAAUGCUGACAGAUAUUUGUUGAUAUACAGCACUGCACAAUAUGGCAAAUUAGACAGCAGGUAACCAUAGCAACAGGACUUCAUUUUCACACUAUGUUAGCAGCCUAUUUUCAGCAGUUUAAUGACUUUAAGAGCUUGCAUUGUCAGUUCAGUGGACAAGGUCUUUAAAUGUAUGCCAAGGCUGAGAUUAUAUCACUGUUUCUUGAUGUCAAUGUCAGCCAUAUAUUGUGUUUUGAGCUGUAGCACAGUCAUCUGCCAGUACCAUACCAACGCUCUACUGCCAGAGUGCUCCUGUGUUAGUUAUGUUAAACUGAGUCCAAAGUUGAACUGUGUUCUUGGUGUUUUUUAUACCUUUGGACUUGUUGUUUGGUUGACUUUUAAAUUCAGUUUCUCCAGAACAUCACACUGACAUUGUUUAUUUUCUCGUCUUCAGGCAGCCUGUCGCACAUUAUCUCUCUAUUUCACUGACACACUGUGCAGCAACAUCAAUUAUUUCCUGGGCACUCUAACACUUUGACCACAGCUUUUCUCUUCUGUGUGUGAGGACAGUCAGGCGACAUGUUCCGUCAAGUCGAAAAACUUUCCUCUUCUUCACUGACACCCUUCAAGGCUUUCCGCCUCCUCUUCCUCCAUCCUGUUUGGCAGUUCCUCAGAGGCACUUGUCCUCAGACUAUUAUUAUUCUGGCCUGUUUGCAACUGUCGUCGCCAUGGCUACGGCAGGUGUAAGGCAGCAGUUUUAAGUUGAUAACAGGAAUGCCAAUUUAGUUUUAAUUACUGAGAGUCAUUUAGGAAGCAGAUUACCCGUAGUGAGUCAUUGGUGAGGAUCCGCUCUGCGUGUCUGUUAAGUGGCCGGUGAAAUUAAAGGGGAUGCAAAUAAACAAGGGCUCAUUUCCACCCAUGCUCAGGUCUCACAUUGUACCGGAUUAUUGCAAUUGUGUGCGAGCUGAAUGGUGCUGUUAUGGUGAAUCUCAUUAAUGCUGCCAUUCAUUGGAGACGAGAUUUAGGCAACUUCCUCAUUCGUUAGACUUGUUUUGCAGAAAUUUUGUUCACUUGAAUACUUUGAAGUUUUUGUGGCAGAUAUGAGAUACAGAAGAUUUUAUUCUUACCUUGAGAUGGCAGUGUUUCUCCAAACUGAAGAUUAAUAAAUGUCAUGGCCUUGGCACAGUAAAAGGAUAUAUUCUUAAUAGUUGUUUCUCCCUAGUAUUAAGUAUUUUUACCAGUCAAAGUGUUACUCUCUAUCUCUUUUUCACUCUUCCUUUCUUUUCAAGCCUGGAGGCAUCUCUGCAAUUCUGUUUGUUAAAUCACUUCCAGCUGGAUUGAUAUGUCACCCUCCCCCUCGUCCAUCCUUCCUCCCUCUGUCUGCCUCCUCCUCGUGGGAGCUGUGUUACAGAACUUCUCAAUGUGUUUCUUUUGCUGCAUGGAGAAGUCGUCUUAAAUAAUGAAACACAGACUGAGGCAUAGAGGGAUCCGCGGCACCCCACAGAUCUUCAAAGUUCCUCCGUGGCCGAGGCAAUGCUACAGAAGCAAGAAAAUCUCCAUCGUUAGGGAAAUGCGCCUCACCUCUGUGGGCAGGAGAAGAGACCACCUACUGGAUUCCAGGCUGGGCUUCAGAGAAACACAGACUUUUUCCACGUCUGGGCAAAAGAUAAAACUUAAUUAAAAAAAUCAAACAUAACGCACGUUACAAUUUUGACCAGUCUGUUUGCGAAGUCAUUUUUGUGAAGAAAACCCACAGAAGGCACUGUUAGGAAAACCAAAAUGAAGAGUGGAACAAACAAACAGAUCAACAUCUCAUUCAUUAGUCCCCUGAUAUCUCUAUACAUACAUCCCUUUUCUGGUAUUUGUGCCAUGAUUCCAGUUUUAAAAGCAACAGGUUUCAGAUAGUGUUGUCAUGGCAGUCACCACAGAACAAAAGGCUGGGUGCUGUUCUCCUCUGCUCUGUCUAUAAUCAGAGGCUUCUGACAGUACAGAGCCAACAGAGCCAUUAAAACCAGGGCAAUGAUUUAUUGGUUCACUCAAAGGUAAUUAGGUUGAUUAAUUAAUUAUGAAGCUUGUUUUUGCAUUUAAAUCAAGCAAAUAAGCCUGAUUAUUACGCAUAUUAUGCCAAUUUAUCUAGCAGCAAUUUGCCCAGUGAUUUCAUUUUGUUUCCCCACAAUUUAAUUUGUAUGAGGAAGGCCGGGAUUACAUUUUCCUCAUCUUCGAAAGCUUGUGCACAGUCUGUGGAAAAAAGUCUUUCUUGCCGCACUUCUAGGUGUAUUUGUGACUUUGGCUUUAAGCGCUGUGCCCGUGUCUGGCAGGUGUGGGAUGCAGCAGAGAGCGGGCGAUGCCUGAGGGUGUACAGCUGCCAUUCGGGAGCUGUGCGAGACGCCUGUUGGACCCCCUGCGGGCGACACCUCCUCACUGGCUCAUUUGACAACACGGCUGUGAUCACAGACGUGGAAACAGGUGAGCAGCAACACCUCUCUCAUGAACACAGAGUCACAUGAAAAAGGCGAGAACAACCGCGGUGCACCUUCAUGUCUGUCUCAAGAAAGUCAAUCUGCAUUUGUGAAUAGAAAUGUGGCUCAGGCUGCUGUCGAACAAACAAUGCUUGCAUAUUGCUAAACAACAAAACUUCAUGGCAGUCUCCCUUCUUAAAAUUAAGUUUGUUUUUCUACCUCAAAUUUAGAGUAAAGUAAUUUAUGUAUGGAGUCUCUUUAAGUUGCCGUGGGCCCUCAAACCUUGUAAAACCCUUGUAUAAACAGCAAAGCUGCCUCUCUCUCCCUAAAGUCAUGUUCCAUUUCAGUGACAACCUUGAAAAAUCGACAUUUCUGAUGCAAAUACAUCACCGUAAGUCAACUAUCCCAUCUCAAAGACCAAACUAAGAGCAGCCAGGAAAUGCUGUCUUAGUUUCCCCAAAUUCAAAUGAAACAACCAGCUUGUCCUUGAAGCUUUUAGUAUCUCUAAAUCCACAGGGGCCCAGCUGCUUUUUGAUUUUGCAUUUUAUCUAUUUCAUCACAAAAAGUUGCUAACUCACCAAGUUUGGCACAACAUUUAAAGGAUGCUAUGUGCUCCUCUAUUCAAAAUCUUCAGUGAUGAUUAUUGAGGCGGUUUGUAUGAAGUGAAGAACGAAAACACUCCCUCGAUACAAUCUAGUCCUUUAAGAAUAUUAAUGUAAAAAUUAAAAUAUAACCCACUAUCUCCACCCUGCAGUGACAUGUUCUCUGUACCUCUCUGGCAUUAUUUUGAGGAAAGAUCUGAAAACCUGCAAUCACAGUAAACAGAAGACUUGGGUGUGAAGUAAAUCCUCUGGAUUAAGUUCCACGGAGGCUUUGUCCACCUCCAGCAAAAUUAACUUUGAACCAAAUCCGCUGGAUCAUUGUGUCUGCUUCCCUCUUUGUUUGACCAUUCCAAACUCUUUUGUAGGUGACUUUUACAGGGGAUCAAUAACUUGUUUUAUUUCCAGAAAUGUGUUUUCUGUCUGGCCCAGCAAGUAUAGCAAACAUAGCCAUAUAUAGCAAAUAUAGCCAAAACAAAUCUCUGCGUGAGGCUUGUUCAGAAGGAGUCACCUGCUCCUUCCUAAACAAUGACUAGAUUCCAAUCCAGCUGAAAUAAAAAUGAAAGAGAACUUAUUGAGGAGCUGAGAGUUUUUCUUUCCAGCUGAACCAAUCAAAUAGUAGCCAAGAGUUUUUUUGAUUACAUAUAUUUGCCAAAGAUCAAAACUUAAAGUGAAAGAUGUCGUUGUUCAUAUCCAUGAAAAUGCUUCAAAAGGCUCAACAGAAAGUGCCAAUUUGUAAUAGACAUUGUUUUGAAGCCCCUGUGGCAACAACAUCUCCAGGGUCAACGCAUUGCUGUGAUGACUUGCUGCCGUUUGCACUUCCCCUCUCAGCAUGUCUGUCAAUACUGCCAAUAAAGCCUACGGAUAAUAGCUUGGCCAGCCCAUUAAACACAGGCAGCUCCAGGAAAGAGAUCAAUAAUGGAUACAUCACCACAGGAGCAGCCACCAUGACCUUACACCCAAACGUCACAAACUACAACUAUAAACAAACAGAUGUUUAUUUUGGUCGUAUGCUUUGGUUUCCCCCCCGAGUGGCUCGCUGGAGGCUGUGUGGACAUCCGUUUGGUUCAAACUUCAAACUCUGAGUUGAUGUUGCAUUUCUGAAGAGCCUCCAACACAUGGAUCCGGCAGCACUCUCCUAUUUUGAUUUUUGGAAAUCUAUUACUUUUAUUUAUUCUUGUAUCUCUUUUAUUAUCAUUAUUCAUUAAAGAGCGAAAAAAAAAAAAAACAACAACAUUGUUUCUGAGAAUGUAGGACUGGCAGAUGUGAAGCAUGCACUGCUACUGUGGCACGGGAUGUGGCAAAAGUUUAAUUUAGCUCCAUAUUAACAUGGGAGUUGGGAAUUCCAGACAAUUUUCUGCCCUGUUGUAGAGCAAUUUACCAUUUUACAACUAAGCCUCAGCACUGACAAGAUGCUAUCAUAUUCAAGCAGCAGGGCACCAUUCAGCAAUCCCUCUACAAAGGUGAAUUCCCACAUCUAGUCCCUGCACAUUUUUUGCAACCUUUCUGACAAAUUUCCUCGACUUUCCUGCGACUUUUACCAAUUGUACUCUAACCCCUUCAUACAGGGGUGUGUCGCCAUCUGUGUCGCUGAACUCACUUCUUUGAGAUUCAAAUGACUGAUCCUUUUGGGUCUGAAGUGUUUAAAAACAUAAGAGGGUAUUGUUAAAUGUGCUUUCAAUAUGUCUGGAAAAAUGCAUGAUACAUUUUAAGCGGACACCUGGAUGGUUAAGGCUUUGGUGUGAUCAUUUCUGUUUCAGGAUCCACCUCUACAUCAGCCUCGAACUUUGUAGAGACUCUUUUAACAGUGGAGCCAUGAUUAGAAAUCUCGCACUCGAUUUCUCCUUCUGUUAAUACUCAAUAUAAGAAACUUUUAGCUGUCAACUGAGCUGAGAAUUGACCAGUCAGUGUUCAACCAGAAUCAAGCAAUGAAACUAAGAAGUGUCUGUUACUCUCUGUGCUAGUGAGUAGGAUGGAGACAGAUAUGCACAUUUCCAAAUCAGUCUUUCAUGAUAGUUUACUUAAAGCUACUGGGAGGGACUUUUGGUUUCUGUCCGUUUUUGCACCCUCCUCUGGACAAAGUAGUCUUUGCUUACUUUGUCCUUUUUUUUUUUUUUUGCUUUAGUGAGGAUUUUGGACAAAGAAAAAAAAUCUCAUCUUGCUGACUUUCAAGGUCAAAUAUAUAAUUCAAUGUGAAUAUUUUACACAGAAAUUGCAAAAACAGGGCUAAUUUGUAAAUGUCAAAAAAUUUCUCACAGGAGCUUUAAGUUUCAUUUGAUUUAGUAUCUUGAUAUGGAAGUUGACCAAAAGGACAAUCAGCAGUUUCAGUCAACAGGUGGCUUCUGUUUGAGUGUGUGUAUGAGUUGCGUUUUUUUCUGGCUUUUGUGCCUUUAUUAGAGAGGACAGUUGCGGAGAAAGAAAAAAUGUGGGAAAAAUAGAAGGAGGAUGACAUGACUGCUGUAUCUUCAGUACCUGGAGCAACUGCUUGGCCGGCCACAACAAAUCUUUACAGAAGUUGCUACAAAACAGGCCAGAGCAAUCACAGAGACAAGUCUGUGACAUCUUAGAGGGACUGACUGAGGCUCAUAACUUUAUGGUUCCAGCAUACAAUCCUGUGUGUUUGUGGUUUUAAUAGUGGUUCCUGAUAAGCUUCCAACAUUUCUACACUGUGUAUGUUUCGAUUAGAUCUACUAAGAAUGGUGGGAAAUGGAGUCUCUGCUGACUCAGAGUGUAAUUGGGAUGAAUGUGUUUUUUAUGAUAUUGACAGAACUGUAAAGCAUCUUAGUUCUAACAUGUAGAGUCUAAUCUGCUCUCUUUAAAGAUGGGUGCUGGCCUAUUGAAGAUCAAUGAAAGUAUGUGAGACACAUAACUCUGGAUUCCUCUGCAGUAUAACUUAGGCAAAUGUUGUGCAAAUUGGUUUGUUUAAAGAGAACUAUAAUAAGAGUGGAGCCCAUGCAUUCAAAUUGCAGUGUGCAUGGGGGCCUAUUUUCUUUGCCCACCUUUGCCGUUUGUUCCUGUGUCCAAUUUAAUUUGUACAAUCUUAUAUCCACUCCCAGUGGGCCAUAGGCAGGCUGUCACAGCUGAAUAGCAAUAGCAGUGGGAGAAGAGGAUAUAGGGAGGGAGAGCAGGUUAAGAGGCGUAAUGCAGAAAAGGAGAGUGAGAAUGCAAGAGAAAGAAAUGAAAAGAGGCAGAAUAAAUUCAGAGAAAAAGAAACAGAAAAAGAGAGCUGGAGUCAGGGAGCGGAAUAAAUGAAUUUCAUCUGGAGGGCAUUAGUGUGAAGUGGCAGCUGUUGUACAGCCCUUUCUUGCUGUCCUUGGAAAGGCUGAUUGGCAGAGGAAAAUAUGCCUGAGUAGCUGCAGGCUGCUACAGGUUGAUGUGUCCGAUUGUGUGCGUGUGUGUGUGUGUGGAUGCAGAUUUGGUUUGUGCUGUCCGGAUUCUUGAGGCACCUGCAGUACAUAGUUCUCGUUCCACAAAGCUCAAUAACACAUACAUACAGUGGUACUGGCGUGGGCUUUGGCACUGGCCUUCUAUCUCUCUUGGUCUUUUCGGAUAACACCUGAUGAAUGACAUCGCUGUCUUUAGUAAAGCUCAGUUGAAAAGUGCAGUUUUAUGUAAUUAUAAUACAAUAUACAUUUUAUAUUAUAAUACAAUAAUAUAAAAUAAAUUUUAAACGCAUUUGUCGGUUCUUUGGUAUUCUCCUAUAGGGACUGAGAGAGAGCUUAAGCAAAUCCUAUCAGACACUCUGCACCAGUCAAUAACAAGGUUGACCCUUAAAGUCUGACAGCCAGUCACAGUCACAGUCACACUAACACACCACCUAGUUUAGAGGCUAUGCUAGUCUUGCAAGGGUGAAAUAAUGAGUCACUCUGGGGGUUUCUGACUCGAGUUCAUACCCAAGAAAACUGUUUUUUUUACAGGUGGAAUAUCAUUACACACUUGAGUUAACCAUGCAAACUUUACAAUACACAAGUUGCAAAAGCACCUGUUUUAGUUUUCAACAAUUGUACACAGAUUCCUGGUCUUUUUCUUCUCAUUAAACAUCCUGUAGCUUUCCUUCACACAUUCAUAGAGGUAGCCAGCACAGUGUGGCAGAAUGAACACAGGAGCUUAAAGCCCUGCACACUAGGGUAGAGAGCAAGCAGCAGUGCUCUCACAGUUGUGCCACCAGCAAGCAUAUCUACAUUCUGACCUACUUUGGAAGCUUCAUUUUCCACUGACAAACAACCACACUGCCACAAGAUUUAGCCCGCUGUAUAACGAACAAAAAUAGAAAUAUCCCUCAGCCUCGAUCGAUCCAUUGUGACUGUCACUUUAACUCAAAAAGUGGGCAAGUGAUCAUUAAGUUAAUUCGAUAAUAAAUCACAAUAAAUAAAUACAUUUUUCAUACUUCUGUGAUUAUUUGGGUCAAAGAUAUCCAACACGGGGCAGGAUGUGAUUCUCAGAGUGCUUGAGGUGUUUUGGAGCUGUUUAAUACUUGAGUUAUUUUUAUCAUAACAGGCCUAUUUCCCCGUCCUCUCCAAGCUUUAUACCCCAAUGUCUGCAAUAUUAAGUGGAUUUUGCACCACUUGUAUGUCAUCAGCAGCCUUUGAUGGAUAAACAGAAGUGAUAACUCUAGCCCACUUCAGCAAACUUUGUGCUCUUUCUGCUGAAGGUUUUUUUUCAUGGUGGUGUGCUAAUUGAACACAGAAACACUUGAAAAGUUUCAGGCUGUAGUAUUUUGGUUAAUUGUGCUUUUAAAAUGUAUAGACACCUCUUAAAAAUGUGUGAUUUCACUUCCUGGAAGAGGUAAGCUUAGGUUUAGAUAAGCAUGCCUUGCAGCAGGGGGAGUUAUUAAGGUUUUUUUUUUUGUGUGUGAUGUACUUUUGUUUAUUUAGUCAUUAGAGUUAAGCUAUUUCCUAUCCAGUUAGGAUUGUCUAACAUUUAUCUGUAAAUCUUGGGUCCUUCUGCAAAAGUUUAAGUACUUCAUAAAGUUAGGAUUCAGUAAAGUUUCCUCACUGUCUUUUUUUUAGAACUACGCACUUUUUAUCAUGGGGAACAUCUUUAAAACCUCAAAGAAACUAUAAAUAUGGCUCAUUAAGCAUAUUUUUAAAGCAUUCUGGGGUACAGCUUGGUAAAACCAAGUUCUUUGUUCCCAAUAGUAGCUUAUGUUGCAGGCAGCACCCUGCUUUGGUGGAUCCAGUAAUGAGGCAGGGUAUCUAUUUCAUCCCUGCUUGCUCCUGCAGCUCCAAGGUUUCCACCCUCACCCUCCCGAUCAUCCAUGAUGUCCUCUGCACUGUAGUCCUCCUCUGUGAAUCAGCGCCGCAGCCUGAUCACAGUGCAGGACUACAAAGUAAACUAUGGUGAGGGAGGGACGGAUCACUGCAGUCCUCCCUUAUCUCCCUUCUCAAGUAGGCUAAUUAAUCUUCCGUAAUUAAAACAUGACGAGGCCCUAUUUAUUACCAGGAGAAUGUUGAUUUCUCAUCGUCUUGCCAAACAUGAGUUUUAAAUCUCAGUGACACAUCUUCUCUGUGUCACUUUGGGUAAGCCAAUUAAGCAGUAAGCAUGUGGUGGACAAAACUGCCAGUUAAAACUUUAGAUCCAUGUAUUUGAACUGGGCACUGUGCACAUCCACCAUUAAGAGUGAGAAGGUCCAUUUCUACUGCAGUUUAUUAUCCGAGACUCGUCCCCCUUCUUUAAAUAGACCGGUUAGGAAUACUCUGGAACAAGCGUGUAAUAGGGUGCCGUUUUGUUUUUCGGGUCUGACGCUGUUUUAUGGCCGGGUCUUUGUUGUUUGUUGGAUGAAUUAAUGAGGAGCCGGUGAACCCAGAGGUGUUCUGCUUUGCAUAGCCUUUGACAGAGCUGCUGGCUCAUAGUCUGGCUUUGUUCCUCAUAGAGCCGCCUUCAUCAUUAUCCCAGGAAACUCAUUUUUGGUAGCACCCCCGUCAGGCUUAAUUAUAUUUAAGCCCCUCAGUGUUUUUGUUUUGUUUUUAAGUAUGACAUUUUUUAAUUGAUUUAGAUAAAUCUGCCUUGAGCCAAAACAAUGUUUUUCUAUUCUGUUUUUUCUUUCCCCCCUACAUCACAAUGCCUUACUCGCUUGAUAUUAUCUCUUUGUCAGGAGUGAUGCUGAAAUCAGGAAUCUUUUCACAGACUGAUAUUUUUGACAGGCCUGAGAGAUUGUAUGCAAAAUAUCCCAGAUUUAGACUUCUGUAAUCUGCCACAUAAAAGCUUAGCAACAUUACAGAUUCCUGGUCACUUCUGUUAUUUAAAAAAGUAAAAAGCAGACAGUUCAAUUGCUUAGGAGUGCCAAGGCUUCAAAUGCUGAGGUUUCAUGCGGAGGAACUGUUGGUGGUCUUGUAAGAAAGAGACUCUUUUGUGAUAGAAUGAUCAAAAAGUGACAGAUGCAGCUUGCAAACAGCAUCAAGCUUUGAGAUGAUCACAGAAAGCCUCCUAUCUUUUUUACUCUAUUUACACUGAGCUAUAGGAAAACUAUCUUUGGCAGCGAUUUAAAGCAAGAGUUAGUGUUACUAUUAUUACUGAGCUUGUCUUUUGUGAUGUUGUGUUAAACAUGUUUAUUUCUUAUCAAGCAAAAGUGUCCUUUUUAGUAUAAUCAAUGGGUUUUCUUUUUCAAGUGCCCUCCUCACAUGUGGGGUUCCACAGGGCUCCAUUUUAGGCCCCCUCAUUAUUAAAAUAGGCCAUUAUUUUUUCCCUGUAAUGCUCAACUGUACAUCCAACUUAAGUCUAGCAGUAAUGAUUUUUUCCCUGAUUUUUUUCAGACUCCACUGACAACAAAUGCUCAAUGUGAAAAUGCCAGAAACCUUGAAGUGGUUUUAGACUCAAAUCAAUACUUAAGAGUCCAAACUUUUUGUCCAAAGUUCUGCAGCUUUAUUUUUGUCAUCUCUGAAUUCUUUCCAAGGUCAGAUCAUUUCUGUCUUUGUAGAAAAGGUUAUCCAUGCACUCAUCACCCCCAGAUUGGAUGACUGUACAACUCUGUACUCUGGCACUAGCAAGAGGAAUAAUCAUGGGCUUCAGUUAAUCCAAAAGUAGAAGUAAACACAUCACUUCCAUCCACACUGAUUACCACGGGUUACCAGGCAGUUUUUGGCCAAUCACCACACUACAUUUUCGAUUAUUCAACUUUUCAUGCACUAGAUGAGUAUUUGAGAUCCUCUUGCAGGAAUUUUCGGAUUGUUCCCGAUCUUCCGCUGGUGUCCAAAGGUGAUUGGAUUUUUGUAGUUUAAGCCUCAAGCUCUGUAACUCUCUGUCAGAGGAUCUCAGUGUCUUUUUGUCAAAGUAACAAGGUGUCUGUAAAGUGCCUUGUAAAUAGGAUUUUGAAAGGUGCUCUAUAAAUAAUUUUUCACUUAUCAUUGUUGUAAAAGAACAAAAGGGGAUCAUGCAAUUCAAUCAGUCAAUCAUUGAUUUAAUUUUAGGAUCAAAACAAUUUUUUUGACUUUUUCUCAUUUAUUAUUCUUUCUCAUCUGUUACAGGCAAACUUUUCUACGACACCCUUUCCUUAUGUAAGAGAAAAACACACCAACAGCUGCGUCUUGACUUCUGAGACUUAGACGCAUACAAUGCAGCACAAUCUGCAACUGUUUGUUUUAAUUUGCACUGUAAAUCAGCGUCUCUUAACUUUUCAGUACAUUAAAAAAACACUAAGAAACUUUUAAAUUGCAAGUGUGCUGACUUUUUCAGAUAGAUGUGUGUAGACUUAGCAAGAGCUUUGAUUUUUUUCUGUCCAGGGAUUAAACAGAAACAAGGUAGCUGCCAGACCAAGUGACUCAGGGAAAUAGAGGGACCCAGAGAAGGGAGGAGAAACCAGCCAGGGGUCAGAGUUGAGCUGCAGUUGAGGUCCUCAGAGCUGAGAGUGAAACACACUCCGAUAAAAAUGCUGCAUUCACCUCUAGAGGAGCAAAUCAAAGCUGAGCCACAUAAAAUGGUCAAAGUUAUCUGGAUUUAGCAGUUCUAAAAAUGCCGUAUUCGAUAUUUCUUCUUCUGCUUCUUGUUUCUCGUGAACAAAACCUCUUUAUUUUACUCUGACAGUGAAAAUUAGUGGUGAAUUUCAUGUCAAUCCUCUGUUUUGGUUUAUUGUUUGAUUGGCAUGUUUUUGUUAUUAUUUCUUUGACAGCUGUAAUGGAAAGCCUUACUCAUGUUGGACUGAAAUCACUGUGCGCUCAAUACCAGGGGUACAAACACAGAAUUCAGACUGACGUCCAUUGAUGUGCAGAUUAACGCCUCCUUUAAUCAAGAAAUCCUUUGUCUGAAAAAUGUUAUAAAGGAGAAAGAAAUGCCAAUUUUUGCACACCAAAGUCCAACUUAAAACCAUCAAAAGUCUGAUUUUGCAUCACUAAUAAUGAAAACUCUAAGGACAAUUGAUUUCUUUUCAAAUUGCCAAGAAAGCAGCUAGCAGGCAUGUGUAAAUGUACAAUCUUGGUAGUUUCUUUCUUUCAUUGUAUGAAUUUUAGUUGAGGUUCAAAAUACAUGUUCCACAUCCUCACCCUCGUCUCCCAUUUAAUAGCAUCGACUCCAGAAGGAAGCCCUUGAAGGAGGCAUUCAUCUUACUUUUUCUCUCCCUCUUCUUUCUCCUUUGUAGGACAGCAGGUGGUUAAGCUUGACAACCAGUUCAAGGUGAUGUGUGUGGUUCUGCAUCCCAGCAACCCCCAGGUGUUCCUGUGUGGAGGUUAUAGUUCGGUGGUCAAAGCCUGGGACUCCCGCAGCUGCAAGGUCAAACUUAUUAACCUCCUCGGAGUAGAUUUAUCGUUUUUAUUAACUCUGGUUCACCAACUGCAGUUUGAAGGUAGGCAUGGGACAUAUGCUCCAUGUCGACGGCUCCCUCUCUCCCCUAACACACUGACAGUUUGACAGUUGUACAAACAAGGUAGAGUUGAUUGUGCAGGACCAAUGCUGUGCAGGGCUAAUGUUGCUGCAUGCAUAGAUGUAACUCAGCAGGUUCUGCUUAUCUGGCUUAUCAUUAACAUGAACCUUACACUGCCAAUGAAGUUUUUGAUUUAAAAAUUCUGCCUAAAUUUUCAUGAGUAACUUUACCCAGAUGACUAUCUAAGUGGUUUUCCCGACAGGAUGUCACAUUUAGUCCAGCAGGGAUCGCUUCCUCCAGUAGGUGUCAAUACUGUUUCAGAGUGAGCGUAGACCCAACCUCAGCAAAUUGGUUUUCAGUGCUGUGGUUCCUGGCUGUUUGUCAGUCUUAGCCCUUGGCUGUGUGUUACUUGCUCCAGGGUGAAAUUACUCCACCAGAUAAAAAGGGCCAGGACCCACAGGCACAACAUUAACUUAACUUCAUUAGGGUGAUCUGGAUGUGAGAGAUUUCUUUAUUAAUUUCAAAAGUUUGGUUCUAGUUGCAAAGCAGAAAGAGGGCAGCAGAGGUUAAAGGUUCAAUUGGCUGAAGAGGAGUAAAGCUGCUUUUAUCAUAGCUCUCAAAUAUGGCAGGAUCUGAGCUGUGUACAGUUCUCUUUCAGGUUAAUAUAAAAGGUAUGAGUGAAACAUCAAUUUGUACAAUCAGGGGCGCAGCUGAUGAACAGGUGGAGAGCUGUUAAAAAAGCCAGCCUCAACUCCACUUCUUCGCCUGUUUCUACAUUAACUAAGAUAGGCUGAGGCAGCAUUUCUAAGUCCACAGCUUCAAAACACAUCUGUAGAAACCAAUGUGUGACAUCACUUCAUCUAUGUUGACAUUGUAAACAUCCUUAAACACUUACUCUAAAGCCCAGCAAGUCUCUGACCAUAUGUACAACUUAUGGGGGAUUCAUGCAAAUUCGUGCAUUUGUGUCUUUUUGCAGGUGGUAAACGUAUACAAAGCAGGGAUCCAGCAGACCUUGGACAUCCUGUUUCUGAGAGGUGGUGCAGACUUUAUCACGAGCUCGGACUGUGUGAGCAGAGACUCUGCAGACCGCACCCUUAUUGCCUGGGACUUUCAGACCACAGCCAAGAUCUCCAACCAGAUCUACCAUGUAAGAAAACACCCGAAUAAAAGUCCCGCCUAGUUAAUGCACAAUGUUGAAAAUUACAGCUAAAGGCGUAACAGCAGCUUGAAUUUUAAUAGGCUAAUCACAUUUGCUAUUUUAAGGUGCGUUUUGUGAAAAGUGUUAAAUCCUAAAUGUGGAACAAGCUGCUAAAGACGCCUGUAGAGCUGGCAUGCUUUGACAGCUACAUCGUGUUUGAAAAGGUGAGAAUGCUGCUCGGGGCCAGCUAUUUAAAAAACGGCUUUUUAUUCACCGCUAGGUGUUUCUAAAUGUCUCAGUUCUCAUACCAAAACCAGGUUUUCUGCUUCAAACUGAGCUUUUUAACUGAGUACAAUAAGUCUAAUGGAUCUCAUAGGUUCUUUUUACCAAUCAGGGUCAAAGGAAAGAAAAACAAAAUAAUAGAAAUAAAAGGUUGAUCAACGAAUGAUUUCCCUCUCUGUCUGUUUUCCCCUUUCUCUUUUUGCCACCAGGAGCGAUACACGUGCCCCAGCCUUGCUCUGCACCCACUGGAGGAAUCUUUUGUUGCCCAGACCAAUGGGAACUACAUUGCAGUGUUCUCCUCGCAGCAGCCCUAUAGAAUGAACAAGAGGCGGCGGUAUGAAGGACACAAGGUCGGUUAUGACUGUGGCCUCAGGGGGGGUGUUAGGGAUGGGGUCGUGGGGUUACACGUACCUCAUCAAUACAGAAUGCACACAAACAACUUCAGCAGCCUUUCACAUGCACACAUAUCUGAGCAAAGGCAGUGUAAUGAACAUAUACGCAGAGGAAACAUCCUCUGUGUACCAAAGGACAGAUAGUGGAUGUGCACAGAUCCAUAGCCUGCAGUGUUUCCUCUUCAAGGCAGCAUCCUCUCUCUAAACAAACACACAAAGGACAACGCAAUAUUUCCACUGAUGGAAGCAAAGACAGAACAGUGUGGCUGUCAAAUAUUACAGGGUGAAUGUUAAGCUGCAAUCACACUGUCCAGUUUGUUUGUUCGAGAAAAAAUCAGACAUGGGCAGAUGGCUAACAGAUUUCUUGCAUUGCAGGGCCUGUUUUUUUUUUUCCCUUUGCCUGUGGCCCUGAAGAGCAAAACUCACCAACAUUUGAACAAUACAGAGGAGAACAAUGCAGUAGACACAAGGACGUUUCAUCUCUGAACCUUUUUCAUGUUUUCUUCUCUACUUGGCAGCAAAAACACUUUGAACAGAGCUCAUGUGUAAGCAGUCUUUGUAAAAACAGAGCCUGUCUGUGUUGGAAGUUAGAUCAAAAACGGAGAACAAUCAAAGAGCAGGAUUUUGAAAAUGUUACCUGAUACAAAAUUUUGUCCAUUUGUUGAACAUUACAUUUCUCAUUUCAGUAAUGGUCUGUUAAAGAUCCAUUUUGGGCCGUUUUUUUGAGGCAAGAAAAGGUUCUGUAGAGCAUCUGUUGUAUUUAUACUGCACUUGAUUACUAACACCAAUAGUAUGCAAUAACCUAGAAUAAGUUAGGAUUAUCAAGGGACAGAUGCAAAAACUUUGAUUAAAUUUCAUAGGUCAAAGCCUUUUUAUAUUUAUUUUUUAUAACAGCUUACUUGCUUAAUGGUUUAGCAGACUAAGACUAGGGGUCUCCUCCUGGUCUUAUACACCACAUUUUUAGUCUAAGAUAAUUAUUAAAAAAACAACAACACUGGUAUCAGAAUCGGCUAUUAACUGAAUGUUUAUUUUUAACAGUGGCAUCAGCCUUGGUUUUCUUAAUUUACUCAUAAUUUAGAGUUUUUGUUAGGAUUUUUUCAGCGAUUGUGAAAUAGACUUAUAUUUUUACUGCCGCUGUUUAUGAUACAUAAAAGCAAAUGAGAACAUUUGUGAGAAGUAUUUUUAAUGCCUCAAACUGUUAUGAUGCGGGUAGGUGUCAGCUGAGCAGCUAAAGAAACAGCCUUGUUUUUAUAAGUUCAACACUUAUAGUCAAAGCAUAUAAUGCAGCACUUUUUACUUUUUUUAAAAUUCAAAGUCCACUGUCUAGAAAGGAGAGUAAAAGAGGAAACAAACUGAAUAUUCCAGUGUGUCAAUAUGGCUCAGAGGAUAAGAAGACUGACUGGCACUCCUGAGGUUGUGGGUAUGAGCCUUAUCCAGGGGGAGGUCAGUUUUAAAGUCUAGUGCCUAGAAAGGAGAAUGAAACUGGAAACAAACAGAAUAUUCCAGUGUGUCAAUAUGGCUUAGAGGAUAAGAAAACUGACUGGCACUCUUGAGGUCUUGGGUUCAAACAUAAUCCAGGACGAAUUUUAAAGUCCAGGAGCCAAAGUACCAAGAUAAAAGGAGGCAUCUCUUGCGUGUUGAGGCGGUUUCGAACCAGGGCUGCCCGCUUGACUUGCAUUAGGGUGUCAGUUGUCUACCGUGCUGCACCACCGGAUACCAUCCACACUUGGGGAUGAGCUCUAUGCCCUUUUAUCUUGGUACUUUGGCUCCUGGACUUUAAAAUUCUUCCUGGAUAAGGUUCAAACCCACUACCUCAGGAGUGCCAGUCAGUCUCCUUAUCCUCUGAGCCAGUCUGACACACAGGAGAGUUUCGUUUUUUACCUAUUUCACUCUCCAUCCCUGACACUAGACUUUAAAAUUGACCUCCCCCUGGAUAAGGUUCAAACCUACAACCUCGACUCCCAAUCAGUUUUCUUAUCCUCUGAGCCAUGUGGACACACAUGAAUAUUCUGUUUGUUUCUAGUUUCACUCUCCUUUGUAGACACUAGACUUUAAAAUUGACCUCGGCUUGGAUAAGGCUCAAACCCACAACCUUAGGAUUCUAAGUCAGCCCACUAACCCUCUGAGUCACUGAGACACAAUCUUUACAUAUUCAUUUUUUUCAUAUAUUUGAAUUUCAUCAGAAUUGGAUUUUUGUGCAGAAGACAGAAUUAAAACAUGUAGAGGACUAGAUUGGCAGAGACUGAUUUAAACUAGGGGCACCAAAAUUGUCACAAACCAAAAGUUCAUUAAGGGAGCUUUACAGAUCUUUGACAACUUUUUGUUGUCUCAACAAUUAAAAAGUUCAUUGUCUGCUGGUAUCUCGAUACACCCAGAUCCCUGGUCAUAUCCUCACUCACAGUUGGACUCCUGGAAUUUGCUCGGUGAAACUACAGCCCUGUUACAUCCAAUCCUCUGCCAUAGUUAGAGGUUAAGUGACUUGCUCGGGGGCAUCCAGUUGCUAAUAAUGAUGCGGAGGCAGCACCGUCCUCCUUACAAAUUUAUGCUGCUUCUCUGAUUAUUGAAUCAUCACACCCUUCUCACCAUUGCCUGAGUCUGUAAUCAGCUGUGUCAUAACCCGCCGAUUAUGCAGAGAUUUUAUUAUCCACAUGUUAAUUUGGCUCUUUGUGAAAGGUUUAUGCAUCAUGACUAACACAUAAACUCCUGUUCUAGGUGGAGGGAUACGCAGUGCGGUGUGAGUUCUCUCUAGAUGGCACUAUCCUGGCCUCAGGAAGCUCCACCGGCUCUGCUCACUUCUACGAUUACCACAAUGCUCGUACUCUGCAUACACUCUGCGCCCACAGCCAGCCCUGCCUGUGUGUGUCCCAGCAUCCCGUCCUGCCUGCUACUGUGGCCACCUGUGACUGGGCUGGAGAGAUCAAGGUCUGGCACUGAAGACUCUGAAUUGAGGAGUAAAUAUAGACUCAAACAUUAGGAGAUGGAACAUGUCAGCCAAGGAAAAACAGCUCUGUAGUACACAUCCAACUUCAAGACUUUAUCUUCUGCGAUCUGUUGGCAUAGAAUGAGAUCUUGGCUAAUCUACUAUCUGCAGACACCUGGAAGAGCUUUUUUUACACUUUGCAUGAUGUUAAAAACCACCCACACUUUUACCACCAUUGGUGCAACUCACAUGGGCACAGAAAUAGUCCAUUGUGUAGCUUACUAUAGGUGUUAAUCAGGUUUGGGCCAUUCUACUUCGUCUCAGUGAGCCAAAUGAAGGAAAAUCACAGUUCAGCUGAAAGAAAGAGUCUUUGUUAUGACUAAUAAUAGUGAUUAUACUGUUAAUAAAGCUUUUUUCAUCACAAAAGAAAAAA